AUGGGACGCCGCGAUGAAGAGGGUGAGUCAAGCCGUCGUCAUGGACGUCAUAGAGCAUCUUUGAGUCCGACCCGUGGUGUGGAUCAUGAAGAGGCUAUUCGCAACAAACUUCGUGAAUCCGGAUGGAAAAAGCGGCGCAUGAUGAGCGAUAGCAUGGCGGACGCGGAGACUUCCAAGGAUUACGACAAGGCCAAGGACCGGGCUGAUCCAGGGUCCCCGCGGACUAUCGAUGAACGUCGAAGUGCUAAAGGGAUGCGAAUCUCACGACGCUCACGUUCUUCGCGUCGGCGUGACCGGGAGCACCGCACCUCACGCAGAAAAUCAUCUGGUAGCAGACGCCGGUCACCGUCUCGUUCUCCAGCAUCGCGCUCUCACUCGCGAUCAAGAUCCACGAGUCGGCGACACCGACGCCAUAUAUCGUCAUCGAAGAAACAUCGUUCGUCACGCUCGCCGUCACACGUAUUGGAAUCAAAGCGGUCGCGACGUGGAUCCAGCAGGUCCCCGUCUACGUCUUUGAGCAACAAGAAAAAGACCCUCUUGGAAGAUGAAAAGCGCGAAGCAAUGAAAGUUGAUGAAAUGGAGUCUGAGAGUGGUGGAUCUCCACGCUCUCCUUCGCGGCCGUCUAGACGCCGACGCCAUCGUCGCAGCUCGUACUCGCGUUCGCAUUCCCCGUCUCGUAGCCAUCGCGCCCGACAUGGUGGUUCACGUUCACGUUCACGGUCCCCUCCUCGGGACAGGCGGCCGCGCGGACGUGAUCGCGACCGUCGCAGUCGUCGCAGAGGUCGUAGCUACAGUAACAGCCCCAGCUACACUCAUCGUCACCGUCGCACUGAUCGUUCCAGCUCGCGCGACCGUCUGCGGCACGAUGGUAAGCCCCCAGCAGAAAUUUCAACUGCUUCUGCCGAUGUCGUUGCUUCUAAUACUACAGCAACUUCUCCAACUGCUCCAACUGCGAAUGUGAAUCCGACGAUUACGCAAUUGAUGGCCCAGUAUCCGACUAUGAGUCUUCAGGAUAUUAUUGCCAAAAUGCAGGCUUCAAACGUGACGAUGGCUGCCGCAGUAGCCCAAAAGCCGGCGCGUGAGCUUUACGUGGGCAACUUGCCUCCCAGCGUUACCGGUCCGCAGCUUCAGGAGUUUUUAAGCACAAUUAUUCAGCAGGUCGGGCUUACGACAAAGCCUGGAAACCCGAUUGUCAAUACUUGGAUUUCAACGGACGGUCAUUUUGCUUUUUGCGAAAUGCGCUCAGUUGAAGAAUGUAACCUAGCACUGCUGCUGAAUCAGCUGUCACUGCUUGGCCAACCUUUAAAGUUUGGGCGACCGCGUAGUUUUAUGGGACCACCUCAACCGAUGCCCCAGGUCUCGGCGCGUACGCAGACUGCUCUGACAAAUUUGGGCUGCACACCGAAUCCAGCCUGGUUCGCUCAGCCUGUGCUACCAGGCAGCAUGGAAGUGACUACUACGGAGUCGACAUUGGCGGAAGCGACUUUGUCUGCAAUCGCUGCGGCUCAGUCGGCUUCUGCUUCUGGGGCCGGCUCGGAACAUCGUCUCAUCAUGUCAAACAUUCCAGUCGUCCUAACGGAGUCUCAAGUGAAGGAAUUGGUUGAGCCUUUUGGAAAGCUUAAGACUUUUACUCUGAUAAAGGACCCUGCCACGGGUACCUCGUUAGGCAAUGCUCUAUUCGAGUACGAGGACAGCAGUGUAGCAGCCCAAGCCAUGGAAGGGCUGAAUGGGCUUAGUAUUGGUGGUAUUCUUCUGUCGGUCCAACGCCAGCCCCCCGCCAGUGGAGCAGGUUUAGGAGCUUUUUCGAGUGCGAUUACCAAAUCUGACGAACAACCUAGUGCUGCUUUGAAAAUGACGAAUAUGGUUUCUAUUGAUGAGCUUAGAGAUGAUGACGAGUAUGCUGAUCUUGCCGAAGAUGUAGAGGAGGAAUGCAAGCGCUUUGGAAGUGUUGUCGGCAUGGAGAUUCCGCGUCCUAAGGAAGGAGAAGAUGUUCCUGGCUUAGGCUGCAUCUACGUCCGCUUUGGAAAGCAAGAGGAAGCUGUGUCUGCUUUAAAGGCUUUGAAUGGACGUAAGUUUGGUGGAAAUAUCGUAAACGUGACCUAUUUCCCGUUUUUAGUGUGCCAAGAAGUUGAGAAGUCGACACAUCAUAAGUUGCGACGGACUCGUUAUCAAGCUGCCAUGAUGGUGUAUGAAGAUCGAAUCCAAUGA